UUUUGACGGAGGAAAUUUACUGCCCGGGGCUGCUGGGGCCUGAGGGCGCCUCUGACAGGGGAGCCGUUUCCUCCAAACGACCACCUCACGGAUUCCUUAGUAAGUGUGUCGGAGGCCUCCGGCGGGAGAAAGUGGAUCGCAGCUCCAAGAGGAGGCAGGUGAAGCCUUUGGCAGCUUCUCUGCUAGAAGCUCUCGAUUAUGAUAGUUCAGAUGACAGUGAUUUUAAAGUUGGAGAUGCCUCAGAUUCUGAAGGGAGUGGUAAUGGAAGUGAAGAUCCUUCAAAGGACAGUGGAGAAGGUUCCUGUAGUGAUUCUGAAGAAAAUAUUUUAGAAGAAGAACUGAAUGAAGAUAUUAAAGUAAAAGAAGAACAACUUAAAAAUUCUGCAGAGGAAGAAAUACUGUCCUCAGAAAAACAGUUAAUUAAAAUGGAAAAGAAGGAGGAAGAAGAGAAUGGAGAAAGACCUAGAAAGAAAAAGGAGAAAGAGAAAGACAAGGAAAAAGAGAAGGAGAAAGAAAAAGAGAAAGAGAAGGAAAGAGAGGAGAAAGAAAAAGCGACAGUAUCUGAUAAUGUGGCUGCUUCUGCUGCUUCUACCACACCAGCCAUAAGUCCUCCUGCUGUUAACACAUCUCCAUCAGUCCCCACUACAACAACUACUACAGAGGAACAAGUCAGUGAGCCAAAAAAGUGGAACCUUCGUCGAAAUCGACCACUUUUGGAUUUUGUAUCCAUGGAAGAGCUGAAUGAUAUGGAUGACUAUGACAGUGAAGAUGACAAUGAUUGGCGACCUACUGUAGUAAAGAGAAAGGGAAGAUCUGCAUCUCACAAAGAAGGAAGUGAUGGAGACAAUGAGGAUGAUGAAGAUGAGGGAAGUGGAAGUGAUGAGGAUGAGAAUGAUGAAGGCAAUGAUGAAGAUCACAGCAGCCCUGCCAGUGAUGGGGGUUGCAAGAAGAAGAAGAGUAAAGUUCUUAGCAGAAACAGUGCUGAUGAUGAGGAACUGACCAAUGAUAGCCUGACACUAUCUCAAAGCAAGAGUAAUGAG